UGAUUUUUAGCAGAGGUGAACUGGACCCUGUGAGCACUCUCAGCUAAUAAAUGUGCCCUUAAAAGAUUCAAAACAUGARAUUGCCUGCAAAGAUUAUUUGGUUGAUAUUAUGGACUGUUUGUACAGCAGAAGAUUGCCAAGGACCUCCUGCAAAAGAAGAUACAGAAAUUCUGUCUGGUUCCUGGACUGACCAGCCUUAUUCAGAGGGUACUCAGGCUACCUACAAAUGCCGCCCUGGCUACAGAACCCUUGGCACCAUCAUAAAGGAAUGCAGAAAUGGAGAAUGGGUGGCUCUUAAUCCAGCCAGGAUAUGUCGGAAGAAGCCUUGUGGACAUCCUGGGGAUACUCCAUUUGGUUCUUUUCAUCUUGAAGUAGGAAAUAAAUUUGAAUAUGGUGCAAAAGUUGUUUAUAAAUGUGAUGAGGGGUAUAGAAUGUUAGGUGAGAAUAAUUUCCGUCAAUGUGAUGCAGAAGGAUGGACAAAUGAUAUUCCGAUAUGUGAAGUUGUUAAGUGUUUACCAGUGACAGAACCAGAGAAUGGGAGAAUUAUCAGUAGUGCGACAGAACCAGAUGAGGAAUAUUAUUUUGGACAAGCAGUGCAGUUUGAGUGUAAUUCAGGCUUCAAACUUGAAGGACAGAAAGAAAUAUAUUGUUCAGAAGAUGGUCAUUGGAGUAAUGAGAAACCAAGAUGUGUGGAAAACCUGUAUAGACGGUGAAGACACAAAAGC